AUGACGAGUACCUACUAUCUAUUGAGCCUAGAUGACUAUCUAUUGAGCCUAGAUGACGAGUACCUACUACUACUAAGACUACUGUGGCCUGAUGGUGAGUGGCGGCUGUACAUCAUUCAGGAGUAUGCUGACGGCGGGCCGCUGAGGAAGUUGUACGGCAAUAAGGCCCUGUGGCCGUCGCCUGGCGUGGUCAACUUGGAGUGGCGGCUGUACAUCAUUCAGGAGUAUGCUGACGGCGGGCCGCUGAGGAAGUUGUACGGCAAUAAGGCCCUGUGGCCGUCGCCUGGCGUGGUCAACUUGUGUACACCUGCGGUGGUUGGUCUAGCACUGGGCAUCGCGAGGGCCUUAUCUCACCUUCACUCCAAAAGAAUCAUCCACGGAGACCUAAACCCGAAUAACGUGUUACUCAAUCGGGACGUGAACGAGCCGUCCGGGUACAUCGUCAAGGUUGGGGACUUUGGCCUGAGUGUAAUGCUGCCUCAGAAUCGAACCCACCUGAGCAACUUGCGCAUGGGCACCAUGUUUUACAUGUGCCCUGCACUAGUCAUGAAGGGUGGCGGCGGCGCCGCCGAUGGCGGCGGUGAAGACGACCCGUCCGGCCGCGGCUGCAGCAGUGGUGUUGAUUCUAGCGGUGUUGGCGACAUGCAGGCUGAGCUGGGCCGUAUGGCCCAGGAGCUGCGGGCGAGUGUACGGGAUGUGGCCAUCAGGCUGGAGGCGGUCAUCGGUUCGGGGUCCUUCGGCACCGUGUAUAAAGGCACCUGGCAGGGGCUCUCCGUGGCGGUGAAGACGCUGGUGUUCUCCGCCUCCGACGACAACAGGCGGAGGUCGUUGCAGGAGGCGGCGCUGUGUGCCAGCAUCAGCCACCCUAACGUGGUGGCGACGUACUCGAGUGAGCUCCAGCCGCUGGGCGCGCUGGGGACGGUGACGGGCCCCAAUUCCGCGACCUCCGGCGAGCGGGAGAAGGUUCCGGACGGCGGUAUGCCCCCUCCGCCGCCGCCGCGGGAGCGGGAGCGGGAGAGGGAGCGGGACCUCUCGCAGAUUCUGGAGUGGCGGCUGUACAUCAUUCAGGAGUAUGCUGACGGCGGGCCGCUGAGGAAGUUGUACGGCAAUAAGGCCCUGUGGCCGUCGCCUGGCGUGGUCAACUUGGACUCCCUUGGUCACCACCGAUGGUCGGCAAAAGUCGGCAUGGGUGGUGAGAAGGAUGAGGAGGAAUCGGAGAAGGUGCUGGGGACAGUAGUACGCCGCCGCACACUGAAUAACAUUGGCGGUCCUCCCCCCGCUUUUUCCCGCCUCCUUCCAACAGACCUAAACCCGAAUAACGUGUUGCUCAAGCGGGACGUGAACGAGCCGUCCGGGUACAUCGUCAAGGUUGGGGACUUCGGCCUGAGUGUAAUGCUGCCUCAGAAUCGAACCCACCUGAGCAACUUGCGCAUGGGCACCAUGUUUUACAUGUGCCCUGCAGUAGUCAUGAAGGGCCAAGUCGGGCCGCCAUCAGACGAGCUGGGCUCUCUAGCGACAGGAGCAGCAGGGGACUCCUUCACGGGGUCGAGUAUGCUGCCGUCGACGCAAGGUCACGGAGCCGGGGCCAGCAGUGCGUAA